CACAUUAUGACACACAACACUGGCAACACACGCCUGUUCAUAAAAAAUAAAAACAAUUUAUGAAAAAAAAACGAUUUAAAUUUGUGAGAAGAAUUUGUGACUUGGAAAAGGUUCACGGACAGCAACAAUGACUGGACGACGAUUAACAAUGUGCCUUGUGCUAUUUGUGUUACUUACUUACAAAACAGCCGACACAAGUCGUGUUGCAACUGCAAGUACAACUGUGACUGGAACCGCAACAACUGGAGGCACAACAGUGACUGAGGCCACAACAACUGGAGAUACAACCAAUACAGGAGGCACUACAUCUGGAGGUUCAACAGUGACUGGAGGCACUACCAUGGGAGGGUCGACUGUGAAUGAAGGUACAACAACUGGAGGUACAACUGUGACAAGAGGCACUACUGUGACUGCAGCCACAGCAACUGGAGGCACAACUUUGACUGGAGCCACAAUAACUGAAGGUUCAAGCGUCACUGGAGAUACAACAUCAGGGGGCUCAACUGUAACUGGAGGCACUACAGGUGGAGGUUCAACUGUGACUGGGGGGUCAACACCCACAACAGGGUCUACAACAACUGGAGGGUCAACCGUGAUUGGAGGAACUACCAGAGGAGGUUCAACUGUGACUGGAGGCACAGCAAUUGGAAGCACAACAGUGACUGGAGGCCCAACAACUGGAGAUUCAACCGUGACUGGAGGUACAACAACUGGUGGCACAACAGUGACUGGCGGCACAACCACUGGAGGUUCAACCGUGACUGGAGGCACACCAACAGGAGGUUCAACAGUGACUGGAGGUACAACAACUGGUGGCACAACAGUGACUGGAGGCACAACAACUGGAGGCACAACUAGAGAGUCAACUAUGACUGGAGGCACAACAACUGACGGCACAACAGUGACUGGAGGCACAACAUCUAGAGGUUCAACUGUGACUGGAGGCACAACAACUGGAGGCACAAUUAGAGAUUCAACAGUGACUGGAGGCACAAUAACUGGAGGCACAGCAGUGACUGGAAGCACAACAACUGGAGGUUCAACUGUGACUGGAACCACAACUACAGGAGGCACAACAGUGACUGGAGGCAUAACAACUGGAGGUUCAACCGUGACUGGAGGCACAACAACUGGAGGUCCAACCGUGACCGGAGGCACAACAACAGGAGGCACAACAGUGACUGGAGGCACAACAACUGGAGGUUCAACCGUGAGUGGAGGCACAACAACAGGAGGUUCAACCGUGACUGGAGGCACAACAACAGGAGGUUCAACCUUGACUGGAGGCACAACAACGAGAGUUUCAACCGUGACUGUAGGCACAACAACAGGAGGCUCAACUGUGACUGGGGCCACAAUAACAGGAGGCACAACAGUGACUGGAGGCACAACAACUGGAGGUUCAAUCGUGACUGGAGGCACAACAACUGGAGGCACAACAGUGACUGGAGGCAGAACAACUAAAGUUUCAACCGUGACUGAAGGCACAACAACAGGAGGUUCAACUAUGACUGGAGCCACAACAACUGUGACUGGAGUUAGAAUUACUGGAGGCACAAAUCUGACUGGAGCCACAACAACUGGAGGCACAGCUGUGACUGGAGCCACAACAACUGGAGGUUCAACUGUGACUGGGGGCACAACAACAGGAGGUUCAACUGUGACUGGAGGCACAACAACUGGAGGUUCAACCAUCACUGGAGAUACAACAUCAGGGGGCUCAACUGUAAUUGAAGGCACUACAGGUGGAGGUUUAACUGUGACUGGGGGAUCAACACCCACAACAGUGUCUACAACAACUGGAGGUUCAACCGUGACUGGAGGCACUACAACUGGGGCUUCAACUGUGCCCAUAGGCACAACAACUGGAGGUUCAACUGUGACUGGAAGCACUACAACUGGAAGUUCAAACAUGACUGGAGGCACUACAACUGAAAGUUCAACCAUGACUGGAGGUACAACAACUGGCGGUUCAACCAGGCCUGGAAUCACAACAACUGGAAGUUCACCUGUCACUGGAGGUACAACAACCAGUGGUUCCACAACAACUAGCGGUAAAACUACAGCUGGAGGCACUGCAACUGGACAUUCAACUACAACUGGAAGUACAACAACAACCAGUGGUUCUAUUAUAAAUGGAGAUACAACAGCUACAGUGUUGACUACAACUGGAGGUACAACAAGUAAUGCAGUCUCUACAACAACUGGAGGGUCCACUACAAGUGGUGGUACAACAACUAACCUAGUGUCUACUACAUCUGUAAAUACUACAACCACUGCAGUCUCUCCAACAAACAAAAGUUCCACGACAACUGUAGGCACAACAACCACCGUAGUGACUACUACAACUGUAGGUUCCACUACCACGAGAAACACACCAACAUUGACAGUUACAACAACCACCGUAGUGUCUAAUACAACUGGAGGUACUACAACCACUACAGUCUCUCCAACAACUGAAAGCUCCACAACGACUGGACGUACAACAACAACUACAGCGACUACUACAACUGGAAGUACUACAACAACAGCUGCAACAACAACCACCAUUCCCACAACUACAACAACUACCGUUGCGCCCCCUCCAUCCGUUGUAGUUGUUCUUGUUGCAGUACUGGUGGAGCCAUAUGUACCACAGCUGGCUAACCCAAAUAGCCAAGAAUUUAUUCUUCUUGCGCAAAGAAUAGUUGUAGUGUACGAUGCAAUCUACAGGGCGGUAUAUGUAACAUAUACUCGCUGUGUCGUCAGAAGCUUCAGGCCAGGUCCAAGUGUAACACGAGUGGACGGUGUGGAAGCAGAGGUGAACCUCGAGUUCAAUGACGGCAACACAACUGAGGAAAUUCCGAGUUCGGACGCCAUCGUGGAGACAUUACAGACGGGUCUGCAGAACCCAAACAUCACUCUCACCAUCCAGCCUGACUCUAUCAUCGUCACUGCAAGAAACCAAACACAAACAACCGCUGCACCAACAACAACCAUCCCCGCCGAGGCGCUCACGUUACGACGCUUGACGUUCCGAUCCGCUGGCGAGGAGUUCACAACAGACUUGCUGAAUUCGUCUUCCUCAGGGUUCAAAAGUCGUGCCAGGCUCAUAAAGACGACGCUUGAACCUUUCUACAAAGUCGCCUUCACUUCAUUCCGAACUGUGACCGUGGUUUCAUUCAGUAACGGCUCCAUCAUCAACAACAUGGACUUGAGUUUUGUGUCGGGGUCAGUGCCCAACAACACCGCCAUUGCAAACAUUUUGAUCAACGCUGCCCCGAACAUCACUGACUUCAAUGUGGACACCUCGUCCAUUUCUGUGGAUGGCACUCAAGUUUCUAGUGGAGCGAGCCACAAGACAAGCAUCAUCACCGCAUCUUGUCUGGUGCUGUUGUCAUGGUUACUGUCCAACCAUCAAUAAUAGAAUUUUUGCUUUCACGUCAACCUAAUUUAAACAAAUAAACAAAGAAAUGACUUGUACUUCAUCAGAGGGAAGCCAACAUGACACGUACUGUACUUUGUUUUUUCCAGAAUCUACAACUUUUAUCUCAUCGUAAUGGUACGACUUUGUUCUCGUGAAAUUAAAUAAAAUGACUUUAAUUAACUUAUGAUAACAACAAGUAACUAUUGUAAAAUUAUGACUUUAUUUUCAUAAAAGUAUGAAUUUUUUCACAAUAAAG